AUUUCUUUUUCAACUACAGGUAUCUGAAGUUAAAGGGGAAAAUGUCGUCUGUAUGAUUAAAAAUUCUGCUACUCUUGCUGGUUCUUUGUUCACUUUGCAUGUUUCUCAAAUCCGCAUUGAUCUGCCUACCCUGACUGAAAUGGACAAAGAAGUUAUUAGUACAUGGGGUGUUCGUAACAAUAUAGAUUUCCUCUCCUUGUCAUAUACCCGGCAUGCGGAAGAUGUUCGCCAUGCACGUGAGUUUCUUUCCAAAUUGGGUGAUCUUAAUCAGACCCAGAUCUUUGCAAAGAUUGAAAACGUAGAGGGCCUAAACCAUUUUGAUGAGAUUCUACAAGAAGCAGAUGGAAUUAUUCUUUCUCGUGGGAAUCUGGGGAUAGAUCUUCCUCCCGAGAAGGUUUUUUUAUUUCAAAAGGCUGCUGUUUUCAAGUGCAACAUGGCUGGAAAGCCUGCAGUGGUUACUCGUGUUGUGGACAGUAUGACUGACAACUUGAGACCUACUCGUGCAGAGGCAACUGAUGUUGCCAAUGCUGUAUUAGAUGGGAGUGAUGCAAUUCUUUUAGGUGCAGAGACUCUAAGAGGAUUGUACCCUAUUGAGACUAUCUCCACUGUUGGUAAAAUUUGUGCCGAGGCAGAGAAGGUUUUCAAUCAAGAUUUGUAUUUCAAAAAGACUGUCAAAUAUGUUGGAGAACCAAUGUCCCACUUGGAAUCAAUUGCUUCCUCUUCGGUUCGUGCAGCAAUUAAGGUGAAGGCUUCUGUAAUUAUUUGCUUCACUUCAUCUGGAAGGGCUGCAAGAAUAAUUUCCAAGUAUAGGCCAUCAAUGCCUGUUCUAUCAGUUGUUAUUCCUCAACUCAAAACAAAUCAACUUAAGUGGAGCUUUACUGGUGCUUUUCAGGCGAGGCAAUCACUUACAGUCAGAGGUCUUUUCCCCAUGCUUGCAGAUCCUCGACAUCCGGCGGAAUCGACUGGAGGCACAAACGAGUCGGUCCUUAAGGUUGCUCUUGAAUAUGGUAAGACAUCAGGUAUAAUAAAGCCACAUGAUCGUGCUGUUGUUUUCCAAAAAGUUGGAGAUGCAUAUGUGGUGAAGAUUAUCGAGCUUGAAGAUUGAAACCUGUUUCGUUCUCCCUUCUUUCAAGUCUUUUUAUCUUCUCUACAUUUUUUGUUCCUCCUCAUUUCUUCUUUUUGUAUGAGGUUGGUGGACCUCAAAUUGUUGUGGCUUAAGAACUCGCAGGGGUAAAAAAUAUGACAUAUUUCCGGUGGACUUGUAUUAAGAGUGCACACUGAAGCUUUAACUAUUCAACCAUAAAUUCAAGUUGAGGUGGUGGUGAUGAUCCAUGUUCAGUCAAAAUGUAACUCUUGAGAUUACUUGAUUAGAUGGAUCCAAGUCUUC